AUGGAAUAGAAGCAAGAUUUGUACAAUUUGUUAGCUUCAUUAAAAGAUGUGGACUAAUCAAUAUACAAGGUGACAAUUAAAAUUAUGAGAAAAGAAAACAUUUCAGACUGUUUAAAAUUUCUUUCAGAUGAAGAAAAUCUCAGACGUUGUUUAUUGUCCAUUUUAAACUAAAUGAUUAAAACAAAUUUGGAUUAAGAGGAUAUGGUAAAAAAUUAAAUGAAGACAAUGAUAGAUUUUUUGAAAUAUGUUAAAGACCAUAACUUUAAUAAUCAAAAUUAUUGUGAAGACUUCAAUGAAGAAUUUAGAAAAGAUCUAAUUAAAAAAAUAUCAAAUGAUGAUUAAAUAGUCUAAUUAUUAAAAUUUUUAGUUUAACUCACAACUGUUGAUGAAAAAUUUAUUUAAUGUGGGUCAAAUGGACUUAGUUUAUUAGUAGGACUGAAAGUUGAUUUAACAUACCAUAACUUUACAGACAUUCGGAUCAAAAAUAGUAGUUUGAUUGGCGGAAAUUUUUUUAGAUGCAAUUUUAGUGGAUCUUAAUUUGAAAAUGUUGAUAUCAGUAGAGUUAAUCUAAAUGGAGCAAUUUUGUUAAAUUGUAAGUGGAAGAACAUUAAAAUAUACUAACUGAAUUAAUUAAAAAGUCAUACUAGUACUGUUCGGUCAGGAUGCUUCUCCCCAGAUGGAAUUACUUUAGCAUCAGGUAGUAAUGAUAACUCAAUUCGUUUAUGGGAUGUUAAGAAAGGAU